AUGACUGAGCGACGUGUGUUGACGGUUGCGUGUUGUUUACUGCCGGUGCUGCUGAGCGUGUUUGGCGUUCUGCCCGGUACGGGUACUGCUGCAGGAUCUGCCGGAGUUACUACGAAGGAUAUUUACCGACACGACUGGGAACCUUCGUCUGCUGUGGAGUUACGUGCCGUGCUACGCUCACUGGCCAGAACGAAAGAAAACGAAGGUGUUCAGGCGGAAGGCAAGCAACUUCCUUCCUUCUCAGCGGCUCCAUUCGGAUCGGUUAAUCCCUGCAAAUGUCUCCACGGCAUCUGUAGCUGCUGUUUGGGUGUUUUCAGCAUGAACGGGUGUGCGAACCUAACCUACAUACCGGAGGACUUUGCGUUUGAGUUUCGCAUGAUCUUCAACAAUCGCGUACUGACGAAGAACCGCAUCAGCGGCAAGAACCCGAAACCAAUCUGCGUACAUCCGCCGCGUUUUGACUUUAUCGAAGUGUGUGCGAACUUUUACGACGUUUACUUUGUCGGACGCAACAUGCACGUGUGCAUGGAGAUGAACGGUAACUUUGAGGGUUAUGAGCUGUUUUCUAGAUCGUUUAAUUGCUUGCGGAUAGGCGAUAAGGGUGUGAAAGUUAUGAAACCUGGUGAAACGAUCGGCGGAUCAGUGAAUCCAUCGCUUGAAGCAGAGAUCGAUGCCGGCGAUGAUAUUGAGGAUUACGAUGAGGCUGUCGUAUGA